AUGGUUCCACCAACAUCUCGUUCUGGAGCUGUGUUCCCGGUGCCAACACCAUCAGGCGAACGUAUCUGUAUGGUUAGCGUUGCCAUUGGACCUGGUCUUAUGUUCACCGGUAUUGGGAACACGUUUGCGUUAGCUAAGGCGAAUGCGGCUGCUCAGUGCUUGGGUUUCCUUGGUCCUCACAUACAAGCUCUCGACGCGAAAUUGAAGAUGGACGAACAGAAACGAAAGAACGCUCAGCAAAAGUCGACAUCACAACAGGCCGACUCGGCUCAGACGAAUGGAGCUGGUACUGAGGAAAUUUCGGAGCAGGUGGAAGCAAAUGGUGAAGGUGAUGCACUCCCAAAACACAAGCAGAAGUCGGUGAUCAGUCAAGUCCAUGAAUGCGCUCUUCAGAUGAAACUCAACGUAGAGUUCGAGGUAGUUAAGGAGGUCGGCCCACCACAUGAUCGCUCGUACGUAGUUCGAUGUUCUCUGAAGAAUCCCAAAAACGAGGUUGUUGUCGAGACUGUAGGCGAAGGUCGUAAGAAGAAAGAGGCUACUCAAAGUGCAUGUGCAAAUGUUCUUUCCCGUCUGCGAGGCAUUGGUAAGUUAUAUAUGACCCCAGCUGACAAUAUUUCUGAAGUUCGUAGGAAUGUCAUUCUUGCUAUUCCAGAGAACUCACCACUUUUCAUUGCGUCAUCGCUCUAUAAGUUGCAGAAGCGUGUUCUGAAUCCGUCCAGAGAACCAAAGAGGAAGACUAUAAUAAAGGACAUGAAAAUGGAUCCAACUUACGGUCAUCAGAUCAACCCAGUUUCGCGCCUUAUUCAAGUGCUUCAAGCUCGUUGUGAGGAUGAGCCUCAGUUUGAGCUGAUCUCAGAGCAGGGUCAGAGUCGCUACAAGGAAUUCACGGUGCAGGUGAGCUGUGGUUCACGUAUUUGUUCUGGAAGCGGGCCAAAUAAACGGCUCGCGAAACGCGCCGCUGCCGAAGCGAUGCUGGCUGAGAUAGGUUAUGUUAAACCGUUACCUCCACCGGGAAAGAGUUUGCUCAAGAAGAAAAUCGAUUCUCAGCUUAAUAUAGGUGUUUUUGAUCCCAACGAUCUGAUUACUCCUCCAGCGCAGAAUGCUACAGGCUGUACCACGUCAGCAACGUCAGAUCAGCAAGAUUCUCAAACUUCCGAGGAGCAAUCUCUUCAGGAAGGACUACUAGCGCUUUGUGUUGAUGAUCAGAACGGUCAGCAAGCAGCUCGUGUUGAUAUGACGUGGUCUUCAUCAAAUGAUGGUGAAUGUGGUGAAGGGUCGAACAACGUGCCACCAUCUCCUGGACGUCGCCGUGUUACAUUCAGUAAUCAAGUCAAAGCUUGUCCUCCACCAGAUGAUAGCAAAUAUCCUGAGCCAGAACUGGCGCCGCUCAAAGCAGAUGUUUUGGUAGAGGGCCGUGUUAAGCGCAUCAGAAGAACAAAAGAAGCGAAACGGGCUUUGUCGGACGAUCAAAAGUGUGAGAUCCGUGAAAUAGCAAGAGUAUCGAUACAAGCGUUGCAAAGUCCCACCAUCAUUCCUUGUGGAGAAGGCUCUCCAGAUCCGGAAGCCUGUCAAUUGCUCAGUGCUAGACGUCGUCUUGAUAGCAUGUCGGAAACGUUCAAGUUCAGCGUGCAGUACACAAACUUUCCCAAGUCACCCGAUGAAAGUGAUCCGUUGUAUUUCGCGCUUGUAUCACUUGGUUUGGAGAGACCAAUCGUUUGUCAUGGGCGCGGUUCAACGAUGGAAGCGGCUGCCGAGAAUGCUGCAUACAAUGCAAUUUCAAAUCUUUGCACAUAUGACCAGCCAGUAUCACCACAAGAACAGCAGCUGAGCGCUCUAUCGCCAUGCAACUAA